ACAGAAUCACGUAAAAUAGGGGGCGGAGAGGUGAAAGCAAAACAUUGGAAAACAAUUUUCAAUUCCUUAAUUUUUUGAUCGCUAUUUCUUCCACCACUCAUAGACACGCAGCAAGCCCAUCGAGGUCAAACUUCAUUCAAAGAUGACUCGUUGAAAACGCGAGCGAGAUAAAAUUAGAAGAAGCGCGUCUCGUCCCCUUGAAGAUGCCCGCCUUGGUCGACUGAUAACGAGGAGCGGCGCAUCAUGUGAAUAGCGUUUUAAGGAUGACCAUGAUGUCUGCCGUCAUCCCUCCUGGCUCUCUUUCGUCCAACUCUGCGCUGGAGCAGCAGCAGGAGGAUGAGCGCCAAAAGCUACUCGCAUCCUUGCUCAAGUCAGUCAAGGCUUGUCAGACGCGAUUCGGCGGCCGAUCGCAGUUGGCCACCGAGAGUGAGCCGUGUGUGGCCGUGCUGUGCACAGCCCUCGAAGCUGUCCUGCUGCACGGCCUCAAGAUGAGACCAGGAAAUGGUCAGGCGUCCACUUUAAGGCAUAUGACUGAAUUAGUCUCCUCAAGUUUGAGCCUAAGUCGAGUUCUACCUCAGGAUAAUCCAGCCCCUUGGAGGUUCAUCCGAGAGACAUUGACUCGUCAUGAAUCUGAGCGGUUCCUCCUGCUCAAAAGAGUCUGCACGGACUGGGGCCGGGGCAGGGCAUGGUUAAGAGCUUCCCUGAAUGAACGCUCUCUAGAACGAGGUCUGAAUUUCCUCAGGGCCGCUCCCAAUUUGUCCUACCAUUACCAUACCUGGGCUUUUCUGCGUGACGAAGAAAGGGCCUCAACCUUGACUACGAUGGCAGCUGGCUUGGGGUCCGUAUUGUUUGCCAUUAAUGUCGACAAUAACAUGCUGAAUGAUGGGGAUCCAGAGAGAAUAAGCAGAAGUGCCUUAUUCGGUCAGUUGGAACCAGAAAUCAAGUUAUCCGCCAGUGAGGAUGAGCAGCGGCCGCAGCAUUUGAGGAGAAGGAAAGCUCCUCCCACCAUUGUGUCUUUUGACGAUGACAUUUGCACCCCCGUCUCUUCGACUUCUGAAAUUUCAGAAUAUCCCUUCUCCAGCGCGCCACCUACUUGCCUCAACUCGCCCAUCAGCCCGCAACCUCCAACAUCAUCACAGCUACCUGCCGAGAGCAGCGGCAAAAAUCAGGGCGCCACUCUCACUCCAGUCACAAAUGCAGGCGUCGGGGAAUUAAUUCCAGUUUUCCCGAAUGGCAACAUUGCAGCAGCUGCUACUGACGAGGAAGACUCUAUAUCAGUGCCAAGUUACUCAGAGGACCUCGAUAGUGCUGCGGCUGCUCUGUUGGCGACUCAAAAGCUGCUGGAGAAGCAGAGUGCCCAGCUUGUUAUUCCUCCUUCCCCUGACAAGAGCGAGAAAAACGAAGAAUCUUUGAUAGUGCCUCCUGAAGAUCCAGUCACUGCCCUCCACUCCUUGCUCUCUCAGUGUUCAGCGCUCGAAAGUGAAAACAGAGCCUUGCGCUCGUCCCUUAGACAAGAGCAGUCCUUUGGUUGCCAAAUUUCCGAAGAACUGGUCGAACUGAAGCGCACAAGCAAGGACAAAGUCGCCCAGUUGCAAGUUCGUCUCCAGGCACUCACCAGGGAAAAUGAGAUGCUUAAGCAUCAGCUCAAAAAGUAUGUGGCUGCCGUGCAAAUGCUGAACAAGGAUGGCACCAGUGCACAUCAAAUCAUAGCUGAUUUAACUCCAGCCUUGAACCAGUACGUCCAGGAUGAAGAAACACGACAGCAGCAAAAUGAAGAGAGCCAAUACGAGCAGAAACUUGUCCAGGUUGCAGAAAUGCAUGGGGAGUUGAUGGAAUUCAACGAACGACUGCAGCGGGCCCUGCACAACAGCGAGUCGACUGCUGCUCUUCUGCGGGCAGAGCUGGAGCUGCUGAGGGGGCCUCUGCCCAUCUCCUCGCAGGCGUCAGACUCGUUACUAGACCCUGACAGUCCAUCCAGUUUGCAAGCCACGGGUGCUUUAGUCCACAUUUGGGUGCCUUCAGCCUUCCUCACGGGCGGAACCUCAGACGUCCACCAUGUGUACCAGGUGUACGUACGCAUCAAGAACGAGGAGUGGAACGUCUACCGGCGCUACGCCCAGUUUCAUUCCUUACACCGCGAUCUCAAGAGAAGGCACCCUGCGGUCAAGAACUUUGACUUCCCUCCCAAGAAAACGCUUGGAAACAAGGACGCGAGGUUUGUAGAGGAGCGCAGACUUCGACUUCAGAAAUAUUUGAGACACGUCGUCAAUCAUGUGGUACAGGAAAGCAUGCAGGAUGACGAAUCUCCUUCCAAGGAACUGCUCAUUCAGAUUUUACCCUUCUUCGGGGAAGGGCCUCACGUACGUGAAAGAAACAACAGGGCAAGAAGUAGUUCUGCUAGCAGGAGUCCCCGAACAAACAUUCCUUUGUACACAGGCUUGUAAUUGAUUUUUUUUUUAAUUACGAAACAGGAUUAUGACGAGCGCAGUAGGUGGAUACCGAGGUUUAAUGUUUAAUCGAGUAGUACAAAAUAGUGGUACUCUACAGAUUUUGCUGUUGCUUACAUCAAGCAUAGAUUUGAAACUAUAGGAAUCAUUCCGUUACUGUGAGAUUGUUUUUUUUAAUUCAAAUGGAAAUUUUUUCAUCUACCCUUCUGUUGUGUUAAAAAUUCUACGCAAGCAAACAAAUAUUAUUUUCGUUGUAAUUUAGGCAGGGUAAGCAUGCCAUUAUUUCUGUGAGUAAAAUAAUAAAAUGUAUUAUUACUAUCUUGUGAUAUCAAUAUAUUUAUAUUGUAUUAAAACUUUUAUCUGGGCAAGUACGUAGGCAACAAAUAAUACUGUCGAUAUUAUAUAUUAUUGUAUAAUUGUGUCUAUGUACCUAAAUAUUUAAUUUUCUUUGUGUUUCAAUAUUGAAUUGAAUAAAAUAUUCGAGUCACUCAAAAUUGUAAUAAAUAAUUUUU